GGACCCGCCGAGGAGAGCGGCGGCCCGGACGGCUGCCGGAGGGGCGGCCGCGCUUGGAUGCGGCGGGAGCCGGAAGCCUCGAGCAGCCGGCGCCGUCUCUGCCCCCGGGCGCCCUAUGGCUUGAAGAGCCUGGCCACCCAGUGGCCCUGUUGCCCCGAUGGAUCCACUGAACCUGUCCUGGUACGAUGAUGAUCUGGAGAGCCAGAACUGGAGCCGGCCCUUCAACGGGUCCGAAGGAAGGACCGGAAAGCCUCACUACAACUACUACGCCACGCUUCUCACCUUGCUUAUCUUCGUCAUCGUCUUUGGCAACGUGCUGGUCUGCAUGGCCGUGUCCCGCGAGAAGGCGCUGCAGACCACCACCAACUACCUGAUCGUCAGCCUCGCCGUGGCCGACCUCCUGGUGGCCACGCUCGUCAUGCCCUGGGUUGUCUACCUGGAGGUGGUGGGCGAGUGGAAAUUCAGCAGGAUUCACUGUGACAUCUUUGUCACUCUGGACGUCAUGAUGUGCACAGCAAGCAUCCUGAACCUAUGUGCCAUCAGCAUCGACAGGUACACAGCCGUGGCCAUGCCCAUGCUCUACAACACCCGCUACAGCUCCAAGCGCCGAGUCACUGUCAUGAUCGCCAUCGUCUGGGUCCUGUCCUUUACCAUCUCCUGCCCACUGCUCUUCGGACUCAACAACACAGACCAGAACGAGUGCAUAAUCGCCAACCCCGCGUUCGUGGUGUACUCCUCCAUCGUCUCCUUCUACGUGCCCUUCAUCGUCACCCUGCUGGUCUACAUCAAGAUCUACAUCGUCCUCCGCAGGCGCCGCAAACGGGUCAACACGAAGCGCAGCAGCCGGGCUUUUAGGGCCAACCUGAAGGCCCCGCUCAAGGGCACCUGCACUCACCCCGAGGAUAUGAAACUCUGCACCGUUAUCAUCAAGUCCAAUGGGAGUUUCCCAGUGAACAGGAGGAGAGUGGAGGCUGCCCGCCGAGCCCAGGAACUAGAGAUGGAGAUGCUGUCCAGCACCAGCCCCCCCGAGAGGACCCGGUACAGCCCCAUACCGCCCAGCCACCACCAGCUGACCCUCCCCGACCCAUCCCACCACGGCCUCCACAGCACGGCCGACAGCCCCGCCAAACCAGAGAAGAAUGGGCAUGCCAAAGACCACCCCAAGAUUGCCAAGAUCUUUGAGAUCCAGUCCAUGCCCAAUGGCAAAACCCGGACCUCUCUCAAGACCAUGAGCCGCAGGAAGCUCUCCCAGCAGAAGGAGAAGAAAGCCACCCAGAUGCUCGCCAUUGUUCUCGGCGUGUUCAUCAUCUGCUGGCUGCCCUUCUUCAUCACCCACAUCCUGAAUAUACACUGUGAUUGCAACAUCCCGCCCGUCCUGUACAGCGCCUUCACGUGGCUGGGCUAUGUCAACAGUGCCGUGAACCCCAUCAUCUACACGACCUUCAACAUUGAGUUCCGCAAGGCCUUCAUGAAGAUCCUGCAUUGCUGACCCGCUUCCCGCCUCCCUGCCCAGGCCAGCCGGGUCUCCGUUCCUGGGAGCCGUGGAUGGGGGUGGUGCAGGGCGGACUCGGCCUUCUCUUUGUCCCUGGCAGGCUCUAGCUUGACUCCACGCCCCUCAGAGCUCGCACACCCUCACUCCGCCAGGGUAGUGCUGGGGAGCCAGGCACGGUGCCAGCCCAAGGGCUGGACCCCUGGCUCAGGGGCAGCUCAUAGAGCCCCCCCUCCCACCUCUAGGCCCUCUCCCCUUGGCACCAAAGACACAGCCGCCUUCUCUGACCUUUCUCUGGGCUUCUGGGGUCACCAGGAACAGGGGCAGGGCUCAGAGGCUGUGCUUUCUGUGGGGUUGGGCCUGGUCUUCGUAGGCCUGUGCUGGAGCGGGCAGUGUGGAGGGAUGGACGGUUCCCACCCCACAAGGCCCAUGCCUGGGAAGCCAGAGCUCUUGCCAAGGCCCCAGGAAACUCAGUCCUGGGAGACCCAUGUAAAUACCAGACCACAGGGUGAGCCCCAGAGAAGCCCAAGCCAAAAAUCUUCAUCCACUCCUUUCCUGCCCGAUGGGAGCCUCUGUUUCCACAGCAGUGGCUCCCACCCCACCCCACCCACCCCACUGUGCCUCCAGCAACCCAUGUGAUUUGCACACCUGCUGAGGGCAGGAACCUUGGGCUUGAAAGGCCCCAGGAAGGUCUGCGGGGAGCGGAACGUCCCCCAAGCCCAUGCUGCUGCCUCCUAACUGACUCGGUGCGUCCCUUCUCUAGCAACUGUUGGGCCAACCUGUGAGAGGGCAGGGAAGGUGGGCUUGUGGCCGCAUCCGGGGUCCGGGGUGGAUGUUGGUUCUCUGGGGGACUGCCUCCUGCCACACUCUGCCGCAAAACCACUCUCCUUUGCCUUUUGCCUCUCCUCUCUCCUGCCCCCUUCCCCUUCCACUUUCUCCGCCUUAGAGGAGCCCAUGGUGAGGGGGCUGCUGAAUACCACUUAGCCUGGGCUGGCCCUGCCCUGAGGGAGGAGGGAGGUUGCAGUUUGUGGGCGGGGCCCUGGGUCCCAGACUCUGUAACAUCACUACACAUGCUCCAAACUAAUAAAACUUUGACAAGAGUCAUA